AUGAGGUUCUCAGUCAUUCUUGUGCCAAUCUUGGCCGCAUCUGGUGUGGCCGCUGCCCGUCAAGGUCAGGGACAGGGACAGGCCACCAGUGGUAAGGCUGGCGCGAACGGCGCAUCUGGAAACUCUGGGAAGGGCACCAACUCCGGUUCGACUACAGGCACUGGUGCAACGACCGGUUCAGGCGCAACUACGGGUGCUGGCAACUCAACCGCUCAAGCAGGUGGUAACGGCGCCACGGGCGGCACUGUUCAGACGAGCCAACAGGGCACUCCAGUCAACCAGCUUGGUAUCAACGGUGGUCAGGCUGGUGGUGCUCUCAACGCCGGUGCUACCGGCUCAAAUGGACCGAAUGGCCUUCCUCAACUUGCGAACCCGCAAGCCAACUUCAAUGCUGCGACCAAUACUGGAACAUUCGGCCCUUUCACUCCGGUAUCUUCAGCACUUGCGAUCGCCACUGGUGCUCCAACUUCUGUCGAUGCCUCCACUGCGCAGGCUCUUCAGGCAGCUGCCGACAACUGGUCUUUCGACACCGCCCAAGUCUCCAAUUUCUUGAACACCGGCAAGUCCCUCACUGGUCAACAGUUCAACCAGGGUGCCAACAUCGCCUACAACGCUGAGGUUGACGAACUUACCCACAAGGCUAUUCUGGACUCUGUCAUCGGAAACGACCCUGAUGUCUCCAUCGCUAACCAGACCCUGACCAACGGUGUUUUCCAGUCGGUCGUCAACAACCUGCAAAUCAUGGCCGACCAGGGUGCGAACACUCAGCAACUCAUCGACUUCAUCUCCAAUGUCCGCUGCACGCAGAUUCUGCCAUCCAUCGAUACAUACAUGGCUGUUGCCGCUCGUGUCAUCGGCAGUGGUGCAACCCUUCGCACUGCAAUCCGCCCAGACACCUGCCCAGGCAUUGUCGCUGCUGCUCCCAACAGCGCAUUCCCUGGCAAUAUCCAGGUUGUGAACGUUCGCUCGAAUGCUGACCGCUCAACUGCGUUCGCUCCAGCUGCCAACCCCAACCAGGGCAAAGUUACCAAUCCAAUUGGCGGUACUGCUGCUGCAGGUGGCUCUACCACCAGUGGCUCCACGACAGGCGGCACAGGUACCAACACUGGCGCUUCAACAACAGCUUCGCAAGCAACUACUGCAAGCGGUGCUUCCGCAGCUGGAGGAAAGACUGGCAAGGGCACCACAGGGGCAUCUUCAGCCAGUGGCAAGGGCAACGCAGGGGCAUCUUCAGCCGGUGGCAAGACUGGUGGCGGACGCAACCGCCGUGCUCUUCCAUUCCUCGCAUAA